CCCCGUGUCCAUUUGGCAGGGAGACAUGGCGAGGAUGAGUGGUGAAAAGUGCCUCCCCUGGGUGCUGCGCUGUAGCUAACCCAGAUUUUAUGCAGUGAGACACAGAGGAAGACACCGGCCCCUUGUGCUCCGUUCAGAGCUGAGCCGUCUGAACCGAGGCGACCCGGAGAGCAGAUAAUGCUCAAAUAACGUCACGUAGCGGUGGGCUCGGGAGGGAAAAGUUAGCUUCACAUAUCCCAGCAAAGUGUUUUAAGUGAAAGUGGUGAUGUAUUCUCUGUGUUCAGACUUGCAUGAGCCAGUUAAUAGGUUCCAAAUAUGGCUUCUUCUGCCCUGUGAGACUUGGAGGUUUCAUCAGUGUUUAAUAUGCUUUAGAUUAUUCUCGUUCUAGCUUUGCCUCAACCCCCAUCUCUUUUCUUCUGAUACCAAGUGGCCAAUGUAUCUUACACCAAUUUUUAUGUCUGUAGAAAUGAUUUUCUUUUAUACCGUUUGGUUGGGAAUAAAUGCCUUUCUAUUGUUUUGUCAAAUUCCGUAAUUAUUUAAGACCAUAACACAUUUAGUAUAAAGGUAGAGCAAAUAGCUGCACCACCGCCUUAAUGACAACAAAAAGCCUGCAUGUGUAGUGAGGGUCAACGAAUCAAAGGAAGAAUGCAGUACAGCACAUUCUACUCACCUGCAGCUGUAACAUUGUGACGUCAGGGAGUUGAUUUUCCUCUGACGCGGUCCCGCCUCGUACCAUUAAUCCCUUCACCGCAGGCUCUCCGACGCCAUUGGCCCCAGUCAGUGUGAGAGCUGGGAGGGGGUGGACGUGUGCAGACAAGAUCAAUGUGGGUAGUAGCCUGAGGACACAAGGUGUCAAAAAUACAUGAGUAUCAAGAGAAUACCUCGGAAAUAUUAAUUCUUUGGUUCUUUUGACCAACCAACACUCCUAUAUAUGAAAUGACACAUCUUUUAAGAUCUGUAUCUACCCCUGUUUUAGAGUUUUCCACUCACACAACAAAAAUAAAGGCUUCACAUAUUGCAAUUGGUGAAGUCUGGGCCCUCAUUGUGUCCUAGUGAGACUGUGUAACUUUUUGAAGAAGAAAUAACACAAACUUCCUCUCUUACGAAUGACGAGUUGUAUUGAUGAGCAAUACAUGAAUGCAGCUUUGUAUAGUUAGUUUAAAACACUGAAGGUUUUUGUUGCUAUAGCCUCACUUUGUUAGAUAGCUUGUUAGCUAGAAUUUGACACCUGUAUUGCUCGACACCUGUAACUGUUCAUACAGAAGGAGUUAAUAUAUGGAGUAAAGCUCAUUAUUAUAAUUAUCAGACAAAUAAAACAAGAUGUAAGCUGAUGUCUUUAAAGUAACUGACUCAGGAGAGUCCUGGGAGAUGUAGGGAAAUUCAAUAUGCCAUUAUCCUUGAACUUUUAAAUAUCAUACUUUCUCUGUAUUUCUGCAGACUUGAAGUAUCUUUUAAAAGGUCAUUAAAAGGUCAGGUGUGAGACCUUCUUGCUUUUAAUAGUCUUCCUUAUCUGUUGUUUACUUCCUUUUCUCUGAACUGUCAUAAGCUACCAAUGCAGGUUAACGGUUCACCUAAUUUUACAUUUCCAUGUUAACCCUCAAUGUUAUAUUACAUAACGCUCCGUCAGUAUCGUGUGUCGUUCCCUUUAAAAAAGAAAAAAAACACCGGAUGUGAAGUUUCCGGUUUAGCUGGUCCGUCAGACAAAUUGCUCCGUAAGCAAAUGUAGGGGAAGAAGAAGAAGGGCUAUGGCAACAAUGAUUGAGGAAAAUGGUCCUUCGACACAUGAGCACUCUCACGUGUCCCCGUCGUCUCAGGCCCGGCAGAAACUAGAGGGGCUCCUGAACAAAAACAUGAAGAUCCGCAUGACAGACGGACGGACUCUGGUGGGGCUGUUCCUCUGCACGGACCGAGACUGCAACGUCAUCCUCGGAUCAGCUCAGGAGUUCCUCAAAUCCACAGACACAUUCUCUCAGGGCGAACCCAGAGUCCUGGGCCUGGCCAUGAUCCCCGGUCACCACGUGGUAUCCAUCGAGGUGGAGGCAGACAGUCUGGAGGACACACACGGAUUUGGACCGAACCAUUGAUGAAGGCCCCUUCCUGUCUGUCUCUCAGAGAGGCCGACAUGUGGCUGAGCUCAAAGGAGAGUGGACGUCUUCGUUGGAGGAUGUUAUCGGACACUUCACCUCCUCAAAUGCAGAACUCCCGUGUCAAUAUUCUGGAUUUAGCCAUUUCCUCUAAGCUUGAAGAUGUGUCCGUUGGCAGCGACAGCUGUACAAUACAUGCGUGUAUGAGAAGGUGACGCAAACAGCAGAUCCAUGGAUGUGUGUGGAAAUGUUUCAGUGUACAGAGAACAUCUUUGUUUUAUGUUUAAAAAUACAUUGUUGUAUUUGA